AUGUUUUCAAAGUUUCGCAGAUCAAAUCUGCAACACCACCAUUUGAAUUCAUUGAUGUGGCAGAUUUUUUGGCGGUCUUUGAACUUCUUUAUAUUCUCAUGCGCGAGCUCAGUCGACGGUAUCAUUGUACCAAAAAUUCGUGAUUGGCUUUGGCUACGUUAA